AUGUCUCAAAUCGAUACAUCUCCAUGGCCUGUAAAAGACAUCGUCUAUACCUCCAUUGUUGGCUCGGUGAUGGCAAUGGCUUUCCUAGAAUGGUUCCUCUGGAUCGGAGCUUUUUUGUAUUGUCUAGUUAAGGUCUAUCAAAAGGCUGAGCAUUGGUCGGUCGCCGUGUUGGCUGUGCUUGUUGGCAUCGUAUUUACACUGUUGAGAUUAAUUUUCCUUCCUAUCAUGGUCGUUACGCUUCCUUUGCCGGACCACAUUACUCAGUACUUUCCAGAGACGGUGGUGAAGGUCCUCCAAUGGUUCGGGUUUUGGACAUUCGCUGCACUGUUGACGGUACCAUGGCUGUUCUGCAUUUAUCAGCUUGUUACCCAUUCGCUUGGACGAACGAAGCGUAUAAAACAGGUUCUCGACGAACACACGGCACCGAAGGUUGUCAUUGUGAUGCCUUGCUACAAGGAAGAGCCCGAUGUCCUGGUCACAGCUGUCGAUUCGGUUGUUGACUGCGAUUACCCACCAUCUUGCAUUCAUGUAUUUCUUUCGUUUGAUGGAGAUCAAGAGGAUGAAUUAUAUCUGAAUACAAUCGAAAAGCUUGGUGUGCCGCUAUCUCUGGAUUCUUACCCAAAGAGCAUCGAUGUCACCUACCGUACUGCCCGGAUCACGGUCUCUCGGUUUCCUCAUGGAGGAAAGAGGCAUUGUCAGAAAGCUACCUUCAAGCUCAUUGAUAAGGUCUACACCGAAUAUCUCAAGCGGAACGAUAACCUCUUCAUUCUGUUCAUCGACUCGGAUUGUAUUCUGGACCGUGUAUGCCUCCAGAACUUCGUCUACGAUAUGGAACUGAGCCCAGGAAACUCGAGGGACAUGCUUGCAAUGACAGGGGUAAUCACAGCGACAACAAAGAAGCACAGCCUUAUCACACUUCUUCAGGAUAUGGAAUACAUCCACGGUCAACUGUUCGAGCGAACUGUGGAGUCUGGCUGCGGAGCUGUCACCUGCUUACCAGGAGCUUUGACCAUGCUGCGAUUCUCAGCUUUUCGAAGGAUGGCGAAGUACUACUUUGCAGACAAGGCAGAACAGUGCGAGGAUCUUUUUGACUAUGGAAAAUGCCAUCUUGGCGAGGAUAGAUGGCUCACACAUCUUUUCAUGAUUGGAGCAAAGAAGCGGUACCAAAUCCAGAUGUGCACUUCAGCAUUUUGCAAGACUGAAGCAGUCCAAACCUAUCGUUCGUUAAUCAAGCAGCGGCGCCGAUGGUUUCUAGGUUUCAUAACGAAUGAGGUCUGCAUGCUGACAGACAUGAGAAUAUGGAAACGCUACCCUAUUUUGGCCAUCGUCAGAUUCAUGCAAAACACCAUUCGAACGACCGCUCUCCUGUUCUUCAUCAUGCUCAUAUCCAUUGUCAGCACGUCUAAAAAAGUCCAGGAUCUACCUGUUGGGUUUAUUGGGAUCUCUCUCGGCCUCAACUGGGUCAUGAUGAUAUACUUCGGCUUUAAGUUGAAGCGAUACAAGAUAUGGCUUUACCCAAUCAUGUUUUGUAUCAAUCCGUUCUUCAAUUGGUUCUAUAUGGUGUACGGUAUCUUCACUGCCGGCCAACGGACUUGGGGUGGACCUCGCGCAGACGCGGGAACAGCGGAUGCCCACACAACUCCUCAGCAGGUUAUUGAGAAAGCCAUGAAUGCUGGAGAUGAUCUGAAUGUUAUUCCGGAAACAUUCAAGCCCGCGGCCGAAGCCCACAAUCACCAACUCGUCCGGGCCAAAAGCACUUUACUACCUCCCGAUCAAGUUGAGGGUCGAUUCACUGCUGCAGAGAAACUUCCAGGAGGCUGGUAUCAGCAAGGAAACGACUCAUCGGUGGUCAGUAGUGGACCCGGUCCACUAUCAACUGCCCCGGCACGGAAUCCUUUGAACCCAAGAGACUCACUCGACAGUAAUUUUUCUCAAGGCACCAAUACGUCAGUAUACAUGCCGCGAAGAGUUGAGAGCAUUAUGGGAGAGGAAGACAGGAAGAAAUACGCUAUGGCGCAAGCCAGUCAACGAGAUCCCGGGGGUGCUUAUUUCAUGGGCGGGCCUCCCCUGGGUAAUAUGUACCGCCCAGGCCAUGUGUAUGAGAUAAAGGAAACAGAUCUCAGAAAGGCAGGCUUUAGGGAUUCGGUGGAGUCGUUGGAGUCCUAUCAUGAUCGACCAGACCAAAAGCAGAUCGAAGGCUAUAACGGCAUGGAUGGAUCACCAGAGCAAUACCCACCUGAGACAUCGCCAGGUUCUGGUCCUUUGAGCGUACCGCAGUCCACUUCUUCGGGCCAGAACAGGAGAAGUGGAAGAAGCCCGUUGGCCAGAGUCAGCUUGAUCAGGACCUCAUCAAAUGAUGAACCGGGCAUUGAACUGGAGGAUCAGAGACAUCAAUCACCAUCUCCAGAUUCGCACCGACAAUCCCUGUCGAAAGCGGGGCCAUCUCGUGGUCCUUAG